CGGUCUCUAACCAAGUGCAAGUAACUGGUUCAAGUCCGCGUUGGGACAUUCAGCUAUUGUGCGUGUUGGGGAGGGAACUCGAACGUCUCAGCGUUGUUAUACUUCAAUGAAAGGACGCGGAAGUAAACAGUCUUUAACGGAUUUGUUUUUACGAAUAUGACGUUUUCCUUUUGAUGCGAACUUGCGAAAUUGUGACUGAAAUUAUGAUCUAGUUGGCAAAGCCCUGGCUGGCUGCGUAAAUUUCCCGACCUCUUGUGACUGUCAACGCGUGGCUCUUUACAUGAGAUAAAGGUAAACAUUAACACAUGGUGAAUGCUACGAACUACCGAAACAAGAAUUGUUCUCUCCUCAGCUUCGUGACAGAAGACCGACUGCAGUCCUAUUCCAACUCUUUGACCCUUCCACCGCUCGCCAUGGAAGCCAGAGGAAAGUACGAGUUUAAUGCUACGGCUGAGGAUGAGCUGAGCUUCCGAAAGGGAGACAUCCUGAAAAUUCUAGGUAGUCAAGAUGAGUGGUUUAAGGCAGAGCUGCAUGGACAGGAAGGCUUUGUGCCCCAAAACUACAUUGAGAGACAAACCCCAAGCUGGUUCAAGGAGACGGCAAGCCGUAGCUCUGCUGAGGAGCUCCUGAUGUCUAGGGAGGUGGGGGGAUUCCUGAUCCGUGGCAGUCAGAGCUCCCCUGGAGAAUUCUCCAUCUCUGUCAGACAUGAGUUUGACGUGCAGCAUUUCAAAGUGAUGAAGGACAGCAAAGGCCACUACUUCCUGUGGUCAGAGAAGUUCACUUCCCUCAACAAGCUGGUGGACUUCUACAAGAACACCUCCAUCUCCAAGCAACGGGGCAUCUACCUUAGAGACGGUAGUCGGGAUGACCAGAGCCCAUCCGCACCCCAACCGUUGAAGAGGGGGAGUCUACCUGAGGAGAGGAGCUAUGGGGCCCCUACUGCAGCCAUGUCACACCGCAGGGCCUCAGACCUUCCUCACAGUCAGCAGAGUAAGAGACCUGGGAUGGAGGAGAGGGCUCACACCAUAGGCACCCCUGGUAGAAACACCCCCCUAACCUCUCUCCCAGCCCCCCAAAGGACAUCUGAAACCAUACCUCAUCCACAGAGGGCAGUCGUACAGGUGAAAGCAGUGUACGACUUCACAGCGGAGGAAGGGGACGAGCUAGGCUUCCGUGCAGGUGAUGUCAUUGACAUUUUGGAUCGCUCUGAUCCAUCGUGGUGGAAAGGAAGAUUGCGGGGUAAAAGUGGUCUGUUCCCUGCCAACUAUACCACACCAUUAUGAGGAAAGCUUAGAGAGAGAGUUGUCGCUCUUUGGGCUUCUCCAAUCAUAUGGACUGUGAUGAUAAGAGUCGGGCAACACACAGAAACUUCAGCAGCCCAAACUGUAGGACUAAAAAGAAAUUGGUUCACAGUUGAUUUCUGAUAACAUAUGCUCACACAUUUAUUUUUAUUUUAAAGCUGGUGCUCAGCAUGAUACAAUUGACAUACCUAAAUGACAUUGAUUUAUAAGCAGAGGUGGACUUACCAUUAGGCAGAAGAGGCAAUUGCCUCAGGCCUCACAUCAUCAAGGUGCCUUCUGAGCUGGGCAUAAUAAUAAAAUACUAGCAAUCUUCUUUUUUCCCCCAAUAAUGUCUCUGCAUGAGACCCCACAACUGGUUUAUAAUAAUGGACUAUUCCAACUCUACAGAGUUCCCGUGCAUUGUUUCACGCGAUAUGAUUGCACAUUUGACUUUCAUUGUAAUUAAGCUGUAUCAAUUAGAUGCUUUCACAGCAGGAUAGAGAAAUGUGCAAUUAAUGCAACUAGUGAAAAUAAAAAGAAAGAAAGAAGAUUUAACAGAAAAAAUGUUGUAAGUUAAUGCAUUUCUUUAGUCAAAAGACAAGUGCUGCAUGUAAUACUGACAUUGUCAUCGAGGCAGAAGACAUGUAUGUGUAGACAAUGUAUCUGAUGUAAUCUGGCCAAACAGAGCAUGGCAUGUCAUUCGCUUUUUGGCCAGACAGAAUCAGAUACAUUGGAAGCAUAUAGAAAGACAGGGGCGUUGUUUGGCUCACUAGGAUAAUCGGAUCGUCUCCAGUGAGAUAGUUUGGCUCACUAGGAUAAUCGGAUCGUCUCCAGUGAAAUGUUGUUUGGCUCACUAGGAUAAUCGGAUCGUCUCCAGUGAGAUAGUUUGGCUCACUAGGAUAAUCGGAUCGUCUCCGGUGAAAUGUUGUUUGGCUCACUAGGAUAAUCGGAUCGUCUCCAGUGAAAUGUUGUUUGGCUCACUAGGAUAAUCGUAUCGUCUCCAGUGAAAUGUUGUUUGGCUCACUAGGAUAAUCGGAUCGUCUCCAGUGAAAUGUUGUUUGGCUCACUAGGAUAAUCGGAUCGUCUCCAGUGAAAUGUUGUUUGGAUGCUACUUUAAGAAGUGAUUGUUUGACAAUCAAAUGAAAACAUCAUGACCUGUUGUGUUCAUUUUAAUCACACCCCCCUCCCCCACAGGAGGCCUUUUGCCUUUUGGUAGGCCGUCAUUGUAAAUAAUAAUUUGUUCUUAACUGACUUGCCUAGUUAAAUAAAGGUUACAGGUUAAACAAAAAUGACACAUUAAAAUGUAAUUUCUUUUGACAAUUAAAUGAUGCCAUAACAAAAUGUUGUGCACCCAAAUCACUAAGUCCGCCCCUGUUUGUAAGGGAACUUCCACAACCCAACUACAGUGUCAUAUCCAUUGGAGGUUGAAAACUGGGAGCUAUGCUGCCACACAUUUACUGUAUGGUACUACACUUUUUGCAUUGCUACCUUUUUGUAUUGUUUGUAGUGCUUGCUUUUUUAAAAUUGUAAGGUCUCCAUAGCAAAUUAUGUCUUGUUAGUGAACUUCCAAAUUUACAAUGUCAGUUUGGGUAUGCUUGUCAUCUGUCUAAAUUAAAACAAUGAUGUAUAUAAACCCUGGCUUGCUGAUGCUAUGUAUUGGCCAAUGAGAUGCUUUGAAGCCACCGGUCGGCCAUAUUGUCACUCCUCAAAAGCAGUCUUCCAUAGGAAUUCAUGGAAUACUUCAGUAUUUAAUUUAAAUGUUUUUAGGACAAAAUUACAUGUAUUUUUUGUUGUAGUUGAGAAAGUAUUUUCAAAAAAUUACUCUAAUGAUCUGAUACUGAGAACUACACUCCUGACCUGCAGUGUUGGGUAAUGGUGAACUACAUGUAAUUCAACUAGUAAUUUAACUACAUUUUGGGGUAGCUCAGUGGUAGUUGAACUAAAUUCAAUCUAGGUAGUGUUUUCAGUAGUUAUUAUUAUUUUUUACUGGAAAUACACACUACUAUUUAUUUCAAAUAAAGUCAAAUAUGAGUGAAGUCUUUUUCAGCAUCAGAUUUGCCUAAUCCAAUUACUUUAGCUUUACAUUGCAAAAAAAGAGGAAUUAACUACUGAAAACACUACCUAGAUUUGAAUAUAGUCUUGCAAUUUGUGGUCUUUGACAUUUCAGAUUUACAUAUGAUAAUUUUUCACAAACAAGUUUGUAAGUCGCUCUGGAUAAGAGCGUCUGCUAAAUGGCUUAAAUGUAAAUGUAGUAAACUACGUUUCAAAGUAACUUUAGUUAAGUAAACUAUAUUCUCCUUAAGGGAAUCAUUAGUGUAGCUUAACUUCUUCCAGAGUGAAGUAAUUAGUGGCUUGGUAAACUAGCCUACAGUACCAGUCAAAAAUUUGGACACACCUACUUAAGGUUUUUCUUUAUUUUCUACAUUGUAGAAUACUAGUGAAGACUUAAAAACUAUGAAAUAUCACAUAUGGAAUCAUGUAGUAUGCAAAAAAAAGUUUAUUCAAAGUAGCCACUCUUUGCCUAGAUGACAGCUUUGCACACUCUUGGUAUUCUCUCAACCAGCUUCACCUGGAAUGCUUUUCCAACAGUCUUGAAGGAGUUCCCACAUAUGCUGAGCACUUGUUGGCUGCUUUUCCUUCACUCUGAAACGUUAAACGUUCUUGACAUUUUCCGGAUUGACUGACCUUCAUGUCAUAGUAAUGAUGGACUGUCAUUUCUCUUUGCUUAUUUGAGCUGUUCAUGCCAUAAUAUGCACUUGGUCUUUUACCAAAUAAGGCCAUCUUCUGUAUACCACCCCUACCUUGUCACAACACAACUGAUUGGCUCAAACACAUUGAGAAGGAAAGAAAUUCCACAAAUUAACUUUUUACAAGGCACACCUCAUGAAGCUGGUUGAGAGAAUGCAAAGUGUGCAAACCUGUCAUCAAAGGCUACUUUGAAGAAUCUCAAAUCUCAAAUAUAUUUUUAUUAAUUGAACACUUUUUUGGGUUACUACAUGAUUCCCUUUGUGUUAUGUCAUAGUUUUGAUGUCUUCACUAUUAUUCUACAAUGUAGAAAAUAGUAAAAUAAAUUAAAACCCUGCAAUGAGUAAGUGUGUCCAAACUUUUGACUGGUACUGUAUAUUUUCAGAGUAGCUUCCCCAACACUGCUGACCUGUGACCAAAUGUUUUUUUUUUAUGUAUGUCACAGAACCAGAGCAUCCAAGAAAAGUAUCAGGGUCUGAUAAAUACAUUUGGAAUUGAA